UGCAUAUAAAUACCUUCUCACGCGCAGUUCGUUUCCUGUCCUCUUUCCCAGUCGCAUUUUUCUGGUCGCGCUCCGGUCAUCCAGGAAAAGUCUCUCCUAAACCCUUCCUCUCGCUGAAGCGAUCUCCAGCUAUGGCCUCCACCGGAGAAACGACCCAGUACUUUUCUACUGUUUUGCCCGAGGAAGAUGAUCUCAAGUUUGGUUUUAAGCGGUCGGAGAUGUACCAAAGCAAUCUCGCCGGCACAGUUGACCCCUACGAACGUCACCUCUUCCUCUGCUACAAAUCUCAUGACUCCUGGCCUUCUCGUGUUGAAGCCUCCGAUUCCGAUCUUCUCCCCAAGCUUCUCUCAGCUGCUCUUAAAGCUCGCAAGGCUGAUAUCAAAAUCAAGGCUCGUUUGACCAUAUGCGAAGGGCUUGAGGACUUGCAAUUAUCGGAUGGAGAUGUUUUGGUUUUCCCUGAUAUGAUCAAGUACAGAGAUUUGAAGGACUCGGAUGUGGAUGGGUUUGUGGAGGAUGUGCUUGUUAAUGGGAACUCCUGGGCUGCUGGUAAACAGGAGGUUUUGACUGGUUCAUAUGUUUUUGUUUGUGCUCACAAUAAUCGAGACAAAAGGUGUGGUGUUUGUGGACCUGUUCUGAUUGAGAAGUUCAAAGAAGAGAUUGACUCCAGGGCUUUAAAGAGCCAGGUGUUUGUGACUGCUUGCUCUCAUAUUGGAGGCCAUAAGUAUGCUGGCAAUGUGAUCAUUUUCAGUGCCAAUGCUCAAGCGAAAAUUGAUGGCCAUUGGUAUGGAUAUGUUACGCCUAAUGAUGUGCCUGAACUGCUUGAUCAGCAUAUUGGGAAGGGAGAAAUCAUUGAGCGAAUUUGGAGAGGCCAAAUGGGAGUUACUGAAGAAGCUGAGAACGUGCAUCAGCAGAAGCUUUUAAAUGGUACAAGUCUUAACAAUUAUGCAGAGAAGCCACAAGAAAUCAGAAGCGAGGAAAAGAAUGAAAGUAGUUCAAGCUGUUGCCAAGGUGCUAAUGGAGUCUCAUGUUGCAGAGAUGUGAAUUUUCAGGAGAAAGAGGUACAAAAGGGAACAGGAAAGCUCUCAAACUGGAUUGGAAGAUGGGAGCAGCGUGAUGUCCUGACAACUGUUGCUGUCCUUGGAGCAGUGACUACCGUUGCUGUGGCAUUUGCUUUUUACAAAAGGUCAAGGUGAAGUGUUGCCUUGGGCAUUCUAGCUACAUGUUUUGCAUCUAAAUUUUGAGGUCGUAUGCCUUGGUAUGUUCUGGAGAGGUUAAGUUGCACUAAAUAAGAUAAUCGUGAGAAGCACGUACUUGUUUAAGAAGAUACUAGUUACACAUUCAUCUCUACGUGAAGAUAAAUGUAGAGAGUAGCAUAUGAUGAAGAUAAAAGAUUAUUACCUGUUCUCGCUGUUGCUUGCGUUUUAUAGACGUUCUUUGGUGCUUAGUUACUACUUAUAUGGCAUGCAGCUGCUUUGUACC